AAUAACCCACACCAUGGAUAACUUAUUGGACUUUGCCUGAAAGGACUCAUUAGUUCCAUUGGAUACUUGACCAUCCUGGCCACGGGUUUUUUCAGAAUGAAUGGAAGGUCAUGCAGCAUGAGUCUCCACCGGACAUCAGGAAGCCCGCAGGGGCCUGGGAUGGUCAGUGGCCAACACAUUCCUCCCAUCCGAGCCCACUCUGGGACUCCUGGCCCCUCGUCCUGUGGCAGCACGUUGAGCUCUGCCAUCGGAAGCCUUGCUAACAGCCUGCAUCUCAAGAUGCCCUCGGGAGGAGGGCUGGCUCCUCAGAGCAGCAUGGCCGAGAGCCCCCUCCGUCUGCCCGCCUUGAGCCCCCGGAGACAAGUGCUCACCAAUGGGAAGCCACGAUUCCAGGUCACCCAGGCUGGAGGCAUGUCAGGGCCACACACUUUAAAGCCAAAGCAUCAGGAGUUUGGAAGUCCUUUUCCUCCAAAUCCUGGGAAAGGGGCUCUUGGCUUUGGGCCUCAGUGCAAGUCCAUUGGAAAAGGCAGCUGCAACAAUCUAGUGGUCACCAGCAGUCCCAUGAUGGUUCAGCGACUGGGACCCAGUUCACCUCCAGCAAGCCAGGUCUCUACAGCAUGCAACCAGAUCAGUCCUAGCUUACAGAGGGCAAUGAAUGCUGCCAACCUGAAUAUACCUCCUUCAGAUACCAGGUCCCUUACUUCUCGUGAGUCUUUGGCGUCCACGACUUUGAGUCUGACGGAAAGUCAGUCGGCCUUGAGCGUGAAACAAGAGUGGUCUCAUGGCUACAGGGCUGUCCCGUCGCUGCCCUCCAGCCACGGCUCCCAGAAUGGCAUCGAUCUAGGGGACCUCCUUAGCCUUCCUCCGGCGACAGCCAUGUCCAGCAAUAAUGUCUCUAACUCACUGCCGUCCUACCUUUUCGGCGUGGACAACAGCCACUCUCCUUACCCGAGCCCCCGGCACUCGUCGGCCAGGUCCCACUCGGCCCGCUCCAAGAAGAGAGCGCUGUCCUUGUCCCCGCUGUCCGAUGGCAUUGGGAUAGACUUCAAUACCAUCAUCCGCACCUCGCCCACGUCGCUGGUGGCCUACAUCAACGGGUCGAGGGCUUCCCCGGCCAACGUGUCCCCGCAGCCCGAGGUCUACGGGCACUUCCUCGGCGUGCGCGGAAGCUGCAUCCCCUCGCCGUGCUCGGGGCCCAGCGGCCAGAAGGGCGUGCGGGGGGCGGGCGGGGGCGGGGGCCCUGCGCCCCCGGCCUACGGCGAGGACGGCGCGCUGGAGUACGAGCGCAUGCAGCAGCUGGAGCACGGGGGCCCGCAGCCCGGCCUGGUCGCCAACACGGUGGUGCAGCACGGCCUGCCCGACCCCGACGGCCAGCCGGCCGGCCUGCUCAAGACCGAGCGCCUGGACGACUUCCCGGGGGGCGCCCUGGACCUGCCCCCCGCGGCCCCGCUGCCCCCGCUGCCGACGGCCCCCCAGGGCCCCCCGCCCCCCUACCACGCCCACCCACACCUGCACCACCCAGAGCUGGGCCCCCGCGCCCCGCCGCUGGCCCUGCCGCGGGCCGCGCUGGACGAGGACGGCGACGUGGAAGACGCGGGGGGCAAACACUGCUGUCGCUGGAUCGACUGCAGCGCCCUGUACGAGCAGCAGGAGGAACUUGUGCGCCACAUCGAGAAGGUUCACAUCGACCAGCGCAAAGGGGAAGACUUCACUUGCUUCUGGGCCGGCUGUCCUCGCAGGUACAAGCCGUUCAACGCCCGGUACAAACUGCUGAUUCACAUGCGAGUCCACUCCGGGGAGAAGCCCAACAAGUGCACGUUUGAAGGUUGCAAGAAGGCCUUUUCAAGGCUUGAGAAUCUCAAGAUUCACUUGCGGAGCCACACAGGCGAGAAGCCCUAUUUGUGCCAGCACCCAGGCUGCGAGAAGGCGUUCAGUAACUCCAGUGACCGGGCCAAGCACCAGAGGACACAUCUGGACACUGUUUCCUCUGAAACAUUCCCAGUCCUUUCUGGACUUUUCUGCAGCUUCUUUAUACCCGAACUCUUAGAGAAUGUGUGUUUCCUAGUUUCUGACAAUACCAGAGGUUGUUUUCAGGGGAACAGAACUAAACCUUAUGCUUGUCAAAUUCCAGGAUGCUCCAAACGCUACACAGACCCAAGCUCCCUCAGAAAGCACGUGAAGGCACAUUCUUCCAAAGAUCAACAAGCGAGAAAAAAGUUGCGGUCCAGCACAGAGCUACAUCCCGACCUGCUCACGGAUUGCCUCACCGUGCAGCCCCUGCCCUCGGCCACUUCCCCGCGAGAUGCCGCUGCUGACAGUGCGGUGGGACGCUCCCCGGGGCCCGGGCCUGACCUCUAUCCAGCCUCCGUCUUCUCCAGCAGUCACUCGAGCCGAAGCGGAGCCCCGCACACUGUCGGUCACCCUUCUCCGGGACACAGCGUGCAGGGGAGCCCCCACCACCCCGCCCCCCAGCUACCCCCGCUCGCGGCCGUGGACGCGGGAGCCGACAGGUUUGUACCUUCUGCCCCGUCCCCUCACAUCAGCCCCCGGAGGGUUCCAGCUGCUUCUUCGGUCAUGCAGAGGACGCAGCCCCCCCACCCCCAGCAGCCAGCGGGCGCGUCGCACCUGAAGUCUUACCAGCCAGAAACAAAUGCUUCCUUUCAACCAAAUGGAAUCCAUGUUCAUGGAUUUUAUGGGCAGCUCCAGACCUUCUGCCCCCCACAGUACCCGGACCCCCAGAGAGCCGUGCUGCCCAGCAGCUCGUGCAGUGUGGUGCCUUCCUUCGAGGACUGCCUGGCCCCCACGCCCAUGGGGCAGGCUGGCUUUGACGUGUUCCACAGGGCCUUCUCGGCUCACUCGGGCAUUGCAGUGUAUGAUUUGCCGUCGGGGUCCCCCGGCCUCUUCGGGGACUCUGUGCGUGGCGGGCCUGAAGACGCCACGUUCUUGCAGAUCAGCGCUGUGGACCGCUGUCCUAGCCAGCUCUCCUCUGUCUAUACCGAAGGCUAAAAGCUCCCCUGGCCUCCACUACCGCUGGCAUCCGGAACCUUUUCGUCGCUCGCCACCUUGUACUCUCACACCCUCACUGACUGCAUGAAGAGGAUGCCAGCUGCUUCCGUGGAACCUGCAAAGUCCCAGGCGUGUCUCUGGAAGGCGGGACUGGUCAGGGCCGGCCUUCCCAGGGCUGCGUGCGGUUGCUGCUCUUCCUGGAUUUGCUGGUGGCCCACAGGACUGUCUCUUCAAAGGGAAUUUAGAGUCACUCUACCGGACACCUGUUCCUUCCAGCUGUCCACUCUCAAAGGACACCAGUGAAAUGACGCACAUGUCAAAGUGUAGUUCGGGGACCACCCUCGCACAGAACUCCAAGUAGGGAAGGAAAACCCAAGUUGCCAGAAGCACAGAGAACUGCCUCGCCCCGUACGCAUCCCUCCCACUGGCUCCGGCAGGACCUGAUGAGGGAAAUCUGCAUCCAAAGCACCGCUUGGGCUCAGCCCGUGGAGGAGCCCCCCCCCCCCAUCCUGGCACUGCACCGGCCUGGCACCCCGGCGAGCUGGUGCCUCUCUGCUCUUCCCGUCCCCGUGCUAACCAGUCGCUUUUCAGUAUUUGUCCAGAAGCAAAAUGAGGUUCUAUCAAGCACAGUCCCUUAAAAGGCACUAGAACCUGUUUUAUAUUCCAGCAACUUAUCUUAGUUCUUUUACGCUAAAGACUUGUUAUUUACAUCUACUUUUAAAGGAAGAAAAAUAUUUAGAGGUCUGUUCUUUGGAUGGAAAUAGUUAUCUUAAUCACCCCAGCUACAUCCAUUUUUGCCACAGCCCGUGGCCCCACCUGGUCCCACCUCGCAGCGCCUGGGAGCCCCCCCCCCCGCCCCCCAGAGUCGUAGUUUUGCAUUGAGCGAAAGGCACCGGCGGGAAGUGGGUGGGCCCGACCCCUUCCCAGUGCCGUAGCAGAAACCCUGGUGGGCUGACUGCGUGAGGCGACUCCACCUCGAAGACCUUGUUCGGUGGAAAAGAUCACUUGACUCGUUGACCCUUCGCCUCCGCUCGGGGAAUGCCGCGCCCAGGUCGUGCUAGAAGAUGUAGAACAGGGACACGCCGAGUUGAGACCCUGGGCUCUCUCAAAAAACCACACGAGAGGUGCCUGAUGUCCAGUUACUUCGCACAGCCUCUGCUCGCCUCCGUUAGGAUGUCCGCUCAUCCGUCUGUCCCUCCCCCGUACUCUCCUCUCCCUCCUCGCUCUUGUCACCUUCUCUGUUCCCGCUCGCCCACCGCCACUGCCUGAGCACCCUUGGCAAGGUCUUCCCAGGGAGCAGGUAGAGGGAAGGCUGGGGCAGCAGAUGUUCGCUUCUUUCCUGUAACUCUAGCCUGGAAUUUCCACAGAGCUCUUGGUCAUCUGAUAGCAAACCUGAAUAGGAAGCCACUUUCCGUGAUGCGUUUACAAAGCUAUUCAAAAAGAUCUGAAGUCGUGCGCGUAAGGCCAUAAAAAUUAGCCACAGCGCAGAGACCCCUGGUAAACUCUGGCGUUCCAGAACUAUCGCGUUUCAACAGUUUCUUUUCUCUGUCCUGAAGAAUGGGUUCUGAACACAAAUGAAACAAUGUGGUUUGUCCAACUGGGAUCGUUACGGUCUUCGAGAAGGGUUAACCAGCUGGGUGUCCCGGGACAGUUUGUAUCCAGACAGACAGGUCCUUCCAGUCGGGCUCGGCAGUCGCUCACGUGCUGCUUGACGCCGACCGGAUCCCAACACGUCACGGAGAGAGGGGACUAAAGAGCCGCGUGGGGGGUCCGCUUUUACGGUGGGCAAGGUCCGCCGACCGCUGAGCUCCGAUCUGAGAAAGGCCAGGCCCGCGAGAGGGCCGAGUUACCCACUUGACAAAGAUCUGCGCUGCUUUCCGAAAGGCUUCCCUUCCAGAUGAGCCCUCGGGCCUCCCCCCUGCAGACUUUGUGGGUUAGGUCACUUGGCCUAAAGGAGGACACGAGCGUGCUACCUGCCAUCCCUUGCGUGUCCUUUGUCACACUCUGCAAAGGAAGGUAGAGAUCCGGUGUCUUUAGGGAGGCAGCGCGGCCAUUCUCGAACGCUGAGGCCUGCGUGGGGAACUCAGAACGUUCUUCAUGUGUGAGAUGAGGGAGGGAGAAGCUGACAAAAAGCAGGGUUAAUGCAGUGAUGCCUCCGUGCCUCGCGGCUUUUACACGAUUUACAGGGAGGGAGGGAAGGAAGGCGAAGCCAGAGGCUGAACCUCACAAACCCCUGGGUGUCAUCGUCCUCUUUGCCUGGGGGACAUGCCCCUGUGCCUGCCUCUGGUGUUAGCCCGGCCUCAUGGUGGCCCUGUCCCGCUGCUUGUGGGGGGAGGGGACAGCAGCAGCACCUCAGGGCCUCCUCCCUCAGCAGGGACGGAAACCAGUCCCUCCCCCACCCCCCCACCAAGGGACUUUGGUGUUAGCAGAGGGAGCGCACGGGAAGCAGAGUCGAGUGCGACCUGACCUGCAAGGUCAGCUGCCCCCUCACAUACCCGUCAAGCGUAUCCCAGGGGCUGCAUGUUGGAGUCGGGGCCUCAGGGCACGACACAUUCGGGUUCCUUAUAGACGGCACAGGCUGUCCUUAGAGUCCAGAGUCUCCCCUGACCUUAAAAUCUGCCCCUUGCUUGCUUCCAGUGUCGUGCCAGAUUUAUAUCUGCAUUCAUCAUCAUGUCUGUAGCAGUGAAGGUAGAAACUUCGAGAAACUCACUCCCUUCCAUUUCCUGGCCUUUUUAGUCUCGAUAUUGUAACCAUUUUCAUCAACAUCUGAGCAGAGAUUGUCAUUCCCCUGUUUUGAAAAAAACUGGUGAAAUACACACAGCGCAAAGCCAAUUAUCCUAUUACAUUAAAAAAAAAAAUCAGUCUGCUUAGAGACAUUUCAUUUGCUGCAUUGUCUUAAUUCCCUAAAGGGACCAUUUCAAAAUGUCAGUUGUAAUUUAGCCUCUGAUCGGCCGUUAAAUAUUAUUUAAGUAUUUGCUGGUCCUGUGGGGUGUCUCCCUUUAACCAUGUCUCCCCCAAAUUGCACAGGUGACUCGAAGUGGACGGAAGGCCUUCAGGGGACCCCCUGAUAGAACAGGGGUGGUGUGGUUCUGUCCUGUUUCACUUACCAGCUGUCGAGCACAUUAGUGUACUAGAGCAGAGGUAAACGUUCAACUCCCCGGUCUGUCCCAGAACCUGGACUUUCCAGUUGUCUUGAAGUAUUGGGAAUAGUGACUGUAAAUGUCCAAUUCAAUUAUUUGCUAUUUUAUUUGUCUGUUUUGACCAUGUCAUUUUAUAGCAGCAUUUUUAAUGGCACUUUUUGUUGGUGGUGUGGAAUUUCUGCGGUUACCUUUUUUUUUUUUUUUUUUUUUUUUUUUGCAAUGGAUAAAGCAAAAAAAAAAGAAGAAGAAGAAGAAGAAGAAAAGAUUUAUUUUGUACAGACAGCAGAACAUCCUGUGUAAUGUUGCUGACAUAAAGCACUUUGGGGGGGGGGGAGUGGAAAUCUGUUUUCCAUAAAUCACACAGACUCUUGUACAUAGUUAUAUACACUCACGUAGAGAAAUGAACUGCGUAUAUCAUACUGGAUAUGGGGCCGAUUUUACUUUAGGGGCACACAUCUGGUGCUUAUUGUCAUAAAUCUUUUAAAGAAUUAGGUACACUUUUUUUCUAUUAAUAUGUAUAGUUUUGUGAUUUGUCACAGUUAUGUUUCGUAUAAUCAUAAGUUAUUUUGUCUUGUUUCAUGAAGUCCUUUUUUUUUUUUUUUUUUUAUGUCAAAAGUAAAAUGAAGGGAUUGUGCACUUGGUACAGAAUAAAACUGGAAAUAGGACGCCCACCUGCCUGAAAUCUGCCUUCGGCAUGCCCUUUCAAAACACAAUGGCAACAACCAUUUUGUUUGUUUGUUUGUUUUAUUGUUUUGUUUUGCCGUAAGCCUCCUUCCUUUAUGGGGAUGGUAAUUAUAAUUAAAAGCAGAUGGGGGUGGGGGAGGGCCGGUCCAAGGCCGGCUUUAAAAUGCCGCAUUGCUUUGGCCCAGAGCUGCAGCCUGGAUUUAAUUAUAGAUAUGAGGACGAAAUGGCAGUAAAAAUGAAUGUGUCCCUGAAUCCUUCACAUGUUGGGAGUGUCCAUAAAUAAAACAUGAAGUUUUAUUUCAUCAGAUUUAAUUAAAGCUUUUAUACAUGUUU